UCUAUUUACGAAACGUAGAGAGAAGAUGCUGAGAAUUGAUCCUUUCUUUAUUGCAACGUUUCUUGGAGUACUAGGACUGGUUCAUUCACUUCUAAAACCAAUCCCCCUCCCGACCAAUUUACAAGAAUGUUACAAAUUCCGUUCCUUCAACAUGACGCCAUCUGAUUCGGAUGCCAUAAGAAUUCAGAACGUUUGCUUUAGAAAUUACGAAUACAAGCAAAUCGCUGCUGGUAAGGUUUGGUCUGGUCCAAACAUUACACAAGAAGGAAUCAACUAUAUUGAUGGCUUAUUCCGUCAAAUAUUUACCGAAGCGAGAGAAGUAGAAAGAUACUACAGUGGUAGAAGACAUAAAAGACAGAUAAGGCGUCCAUGGAGAUACAGACAGGAAGUGCGCAGUGGGAAUGCCUUUCGUCGGUUCGCAAAUUGCAUAAACCGACUUCAGAAUCAGUUUGUAGAACCGCGGGAUGCCGGGCGCAACACUUAUCAAACCCUAGCUGUUUUUCACUCGGGACCAGCGUUGGACACUGCCCAUGAUGGACCUGGUUUCACCCCUUGGCACAGAAUUUAUCUGCUGCUCUUAGAGUCAGCAUGUGGAGUUCCCAUCCCUUAUUGGGAUUCAUCAGUGGAUCAUGAUAUGGGAGAUCCAACAGAGUCAGUCCUUUGGAGCGACCAGUUCUUCGGAAACGGUGACGGAGUUGUUAAUCGCGGGCCUUUUCGAAAUAUGCGUACAAUCCUUGGUGGGCCAGUAAUCAGAAACAUUGGAACAGGCGACAGCGCCCUGUUCACCAAGGAUGGUGUCAGAGCAGUUCUUAGUCGAAGAAAUUACGAGGACAUAAUGGAGCCUAAAGAAGGAGCGGAAUAUAUGUUCAGUUUGGAAGGUCAUCAUAAUGGCCCGCACGUCUGGGUCGGAGGUCACGUUGCUAGCCUUAACACUGCACCAUAUGAUCCAGUGUUUUACAUGCACCAUGCAUUCGUUGAUGCAGUCUGGGAAAGGUUUCGAGAACAACAAAGAGCAAACGGAGUAAAUCCAGAAACAGAUUACCCCGCCACUUAUCCAGAUGGACACGGUCCUGAUGUCAUGAUAGAUUUCAGACCAUACGUCAAUCAAAUACCCAAUAGCUUUGCCAUGUUAAACUUCAUAGCAAAUCUCGUCAGAUACGAACCAUUCCCUGCCUGUGAUAAUCAAUGUAAUCGAAGUCCCCAUUUGCGGUGCGAUCGGACUCGGCGUGCACCAACUUGUGUGUCACGAGAACGAAGAGGUGCACCCCCACAAAUGUUUCAAGCAGGUGCUGCAUCUAGAAGCGCUGCAUUUAGUCGCACUGCGACAACACGAUCACAAUCUUUGGCUGUAGCUGAAGCUGCAGGACCUAUACCUGCUGGUCCCAAGUUUCGUAGCUCGCCAAUACGUGAUACACGGAAUCGAGCAAGCAGCAUAGGAACUGCCCCUGUUGCACCGGAAAUACAAGCUGCCAGAGCACAAGUCAGACGAGUUGUUCAAGCACGUGUUCGACGUGAUAUUUCUGAAGCAACUGGAAAUGAUACAUUCAGCAGUGAUAAUCAUCAGUCUGUUUCGUCUCUUCAACGAUCUUUUACAAAUACCUUUUUAAUGGACGGAAAAGUAGAUCUAAAGAGAUGGGUUUACGUGCCAAUUCGUAUUGUGUAUACUAGGUCUCCCAAUGUAGACGGUAUCGAUCAAACAAUACUCAGAAAUGUAGACUUGUCUAAAGAUUCUUGCCAAGCAGCUCAAUCAGGGGCUUUAAAGGUGUUUGUAGCUUCCAAUGGUUUGAAUUAUUAUGGUUCAUAUAAAGAGUUCGUGAUAAUAGAUGAGAGGCAACCGGUGUCCAUUACAACAACUGCUGUAGGAAUAAAGAACCCGGAUUAUGGCGAAGGAGAGGUUCUGUUCACCGCAUAUGACUCUUGUGGAAGACCAUGUCGUCCUCUGUGUUUGACGGAAACCAAAGGACAACAGAAAUAUAAGGCUUGUUCUGGAGCUUUUAAGAUCUCGUCUGCUCGCCCGGAAAUGUACAGAUCUACAUACAAGGAUGCUCUUGCUGGUGAUUUGUUGUCACAAAACUUGUUUGAUACAUAUUCGUACUACUCACAAACGCCUAUUACUUUUGCAUGUGACAAUAAUAAGAAAUGGCCAUGGGAGUAUUAGUCUUUGUUAGACAAUAUGUGUUGAUUUAUGAUUGGUUAAUUUUUUUUUAUUUUAUAAAUGUUUUUGUUGAAUAAAUUAUUUAUAUGUAUGUUACAUUA